UAGAAUCUCAAAGGUUGUCUUGGAUACUCCAUUGUAUCCUUCAAAUUUUUGCCUCAAAGCACGAGCGGCUCCCGUUGGAUGCGACGAUUCAGAAGGAAAUCACUGCUGUUUUGGAGGCCUUAGCUACAUUAGAGUAGCUAGCUUAGCCUGCUUCAGCCAUUCGAGCGGAAGGUCUCGAAGUACUAAGAUCUCUCAGGUGCUAAAAAUGAAGAAAAAGACUCGACACCAUAGAAUUUCUCAGCAGAGGCCACCAUCACCCAUCAAACCAUCUCGCAAUCGGGAAACUCUGACAUAUGCACAGGCUCAACGCAUGGUGGAGCUGGAAGUUGAUGGCAGAGUGCACAGGAUCAGCAUCUAUGACAAGCUUGACGUGCUUAAUGAUGAUGACCCCGUAGCACAAGAGAUCAACGAGUGCAACAGCAACAAGGAAAACAGCGAGAAGCCACAGCAGGUCUUGGUGCGUUCUGCACGCCUUAAGAUCAACCAGGAGAAAAAGACCGCUGCCUUGACUAGUGCACAGGGUGCAACUGUGCAGGGAAAUGCAUUGCCUGAACCGAAGAUUCGCACUGUGGAAUACAAUCUCCCACUGGUUCCCCGAAGGCCAUCCAACUACUACACCUAUGUGGAGAAGACCUCAGAAGAGCUGGAUGAGGAGGUUGAGUAUGACAUGGAUGAGGAGGACUAUGCCUGGUUAGAGCUGGUAAAUGAAAAGAGGAGGGGUGAGGGCUUCAGCCCAGUCUCCCAAAAUGUCUUUGAGUUCCUCAUGGACCGUUUUGAGAAGGAGUCCUUCUUUGAGACCCAGGGAAAAGUUGAUCCUCAGUCACUGAUCGAUGAGGAUGCUGUUUGCUGCAUUUGCAUGGAUGGUGAAUGUCAAAACAGCAAUGUUAUUCUCUUCUGUGACAUGUGCAAUUUGGCAGUACACCAGGAAUGCUAUGGCGUGCCCUAUAUUCCUGAAGGCCAGUGGCUUUGCCGCCACUGUAUGCAAUCACCCUCCCAGGCCGGUGAGUGUGUCUUCUGCCCCAACAAAGGUGGUGCCCUCAAGAAGACGGAUGAUGACCGCUGGGGUCACGUGGUGUGUGCUCUGUGGUUGCCCGAGGUUGGGUUCACCAACACGGUCUUCAUCGAGCCCAUCGAUGGUGUCGCCAACAUCCCACCAGCCCGCUGGAAAUUGACGUGCUAUCUCUGCAAAGAGAAGAGUGUGGGAGCUUGUAUUCAGUGUCACAGAGCCAACUGUUACACUGCCUUCCAUGUGAGCUGUGCCCAGAAGGCUGGGCUGUACAUGAAAAUGGAGCUGGUUAAAGAGGAGACCAAGGAGGGCUCUUCUGCUUUCUCAGUGAAGAAGACGGCUUUCUGCGGAACACACACACCAAAUGGUUGCACCAGGAGGCCGCUUGGCAUUUAUGAUGAGGCAUCGUCCAAAAAUGACCUCAAGGAUGAUCUGAAAGGUACAAGGAAAUUGAAACGUGUGCAAAAGAAGAUCAAGAAAACUGUGCCUGAACCUGCAGCAGUUGUCCCAUCUGUUUCUGUGCCUAGUAUAACUCAAACAAGCUUCAACACAAUCUUAAAUCAAGUUUCAGUGCAGAGGAAGAGGUUGUUUGUGGAGUGUGUGCUCAGUUACUGGGUGCUGAAGAGACAAGCGCGGAAUGGUGUGCCCCUUAUUAGGCGGCUCCACACAACCAUACUACCUGAGAAACCCCCUGAGCCACAGGAGCAUGAGGAGAAGGAUUGCCACAGCCGGAAAGAGCAGCUGAAGGAAUGGCACCGCUUGCGCCAUGACCUGGAACGUGCUCGCUUACUGCUGGAGCUGAUCCGCAAGAGGGAAAAACUCAAGAGAGAGGAGAUGAAGAUCCAGCAGUCUGUGCUUGAGAUGCAGCUCACUCCGUUCACCAUUCUGCUGAGAGCGGCUCUGGAGCAGCUCAAAGACAAGGACCAGACUAAGAUCUUUGCUCAGCCUGUCAGUGUCAAAGAGGUUCCAGAUUAUUUGGAUGUCAUCAAACACCCAAUGGACUUCUCUACAAUGAGGAAACGUAUAGACGCUCAUGGUUAUAGAAACCUUGAUGAGUUUGAAGAGGAUUUCAACCUCAUCAUUGCUAACUGCAUGAAAUACAAUGCCAAGGACACAUUCUUCCACCGUGCUGCUAUACGUAUGCGGGACCAUGGUGGUGUGAUCCUCAGGAAAGCCCGUCGAGAUGCCGAGAGGAUUGGCUUUGACUUCCCCAGCGGAUUGCAUCUACCUGAGCCGCCCAAGCUGGAGCCAACACCCACCUUCUCUUGGGAGGAUGUUGACCGCCUGUUGAAUCCAGUGAGCCGCAAACACAUGUCUCUGGAGGAGCAACUGAAACAGCUACUGGACCACCUGGACCUGCUGAGCAGCAUGAAGUCCAGCCCAUCACGAAACAAACGGCUCAAGCUGCUCAAGAAAACCAUCAAUGAUGUUCGCAAUGAGAUGAGCAUGAGCAGCCAGUGUCCUCCCCCUGACAACAUAAAACCUGUGGAGCAGUUAAAGGAUCUUCCUGCUGAACCAGUCACACAGGAAAAGGAAGACCAGUCUUUAGCUCCCAAACUGGAGUCACCUGACCGCUUACCUCAAAUUGAGAUCUCAGUGAGUGAACCAGAACCCCCAACAGUAAAUCAAGUGGAGGCCACUCCUGAUGAGAGUUCAAAGCCAGACACACUGGACGGAGAAGAUACCUCAGUGGCCAGUGGGGACAGCCCAGACCUGCUGUUGCCCACCAGCAAUCUGAGGUUAGUUGCCACCUCCACGCUUGCUGAGCCCUCCACUACUGUCAACCGCCGGACUGCUGUCCUCUUCCGCAAAUCUAAGAGCGUUAGCCCACAGAAGCCACCGAAGAGCCCAAUCCGAGGCCCUCAGCUGGGCACCACUACCUUCCUGUCCGUGGUCAUCCCCAGGCUAGAGACCCUCCUCCAGCCCAGGAAGAGAACCCACAGUGCCAGUAGUGAUGGUCUGGCUGACGACGAGGAGUCUCCCAUCAAACGCUUGGACACAGGUCUGUAUAAUGGCUUUGUCAUCAAGCAGGAGCUGGGGGUCACUAGGUCACUGGAGCCUCGCCGUCGCUGUGUCUCGGAGUCCAGCAUAUCGUCCAAUAGCAGCGCGCACAGCACAGCAAGUACCAACAGUGCACCCAAAAGUGGACGAGAGAAGCCAGCGUUGGCGCGGAGAAACACUGUUGAUGAUAAAAAAGAUUUAAUUUCAUCCAUGGAAACUGAAACCAAAGCUAAUGGUUCAAUAGAUCACCGGUUCCAGGAUGCUCCAUGUGUCCGAGCUCCAUCCCAGCGGCGUGCGCAUCACGGUGGCCCCGGGCGGGCGGGGGGUCGGAGAGGAGAGGCCGUGCAGGUCCACGGAGAAACGCUCCCCCGCCCCCUCCUCCGGCAGCAAACCCAGCUGGCAAUGGCAUCCUAACGCUCAGAAGAUCCUAACCCUUAGCCAGGACCAGAACGUCUCUGAGAAGAAGGCAAACUGCAUUGCCGCGCUGGCAGCCUCUGUUUCCUCGUCCACACGAGCUGGGUUGUGGACGAGCCGUUAUGCAACUUCACAUGACAUAGAUUGAGCCUUGUCUGUGCCUCUCUUAUAGGAUCUCUCAGGCAUCCAACUCCCAGCAGCCCAGGACUAGUGGCCCGGAGGCCAGGCCAGGCGCGGGGGUUAGGCAUCUUGAAUGGUUUCACUCUGAUCCGCUGGGAAUCAGCUGGACAGUCCCCCCUCUCAUGUGCUGCAAAGGCUGCUGCAAACCCCUCUGCCAUCAUGACAUGCACUCCCACCAUCACCCCCCCCCCCCCCCCCCCCUGCAGUAGCUGAGUAUUUAACUAAUCUGUAAAUAGUCUACCAACACUAAUUUAUUUUCCUCAUUGCUGGUACUCAGUGUGACCUCUCUUUUAGUAUGUAUACUGUACACAAAUGUGAGUCCCUCACAUCAAUGUGGUGUGUCUUUACUGGUGCUACGACCUGUGCAAUGUUUUGGCCACAAAUGCAUAACUCUACUAGGGCUAACUAAUGGAGUGUUUCUCAGUGUAUUUCCCAUUACUUUAAGUUAUUACAACAGAAGCAAGUUGGCAUUAGCAACUGGCAUUACAGUUACUUUUCUUUUCCAUGAUGCAAGAUUUGUUUGUGCAGCUAAAAGUGUGUGUGUGUGUUUGUUUGUUUGUGUGUGUGUGUGUGUGUGUGUGUGUGUGUGUUUGUGUGUUUGUUUUAUCACUCUUAUGGUCAUGACUUUUUAAGGUGUUUAACUUUUUGUUAUAUAAAUACUAAUCACCACUAUAGUUAAAAAAAUAAAAUUAAGCAAGAGUGCAUCUUUCACAAGUAGCCAAUUUUUUUUUUUUUUUUAAAUUUCCUUCCAUCUCUGGACACCAUGCUAGACCACCCGACAUUAAGGCUACCUAAGUAAAUAGGCUAGAUUUACCAGACCUGAUCUACAAAAACAACGUUCCACAGUGGCCUACUUCCCAAAUGUUUGUAUUUAUCUAGAUAUAUAAAUAUAUAUGUCAAAAUCUGUGUAGUUUUUCCAUAAUGAGUAUCUUUUUACUGAAUUUUUAAUUUUCAGGGAUGUGUACAUUUAAUUGUAGGAUAAUAUACCUGAUACAAAAAACAUUGAAAAUAGUAUAUGUACGGUUUAUUAUUGAGAGAAUGAUGGCACCUCCUGUGAUGUGGAUGCUAGUCACUGCUCUGUUGUUUUAUACUGAUCUGGACGCUUGAACUUUGGAAAUCUGUAACUUUCUGCAUCAAGAUAGCAAUCUUGACAUGCAAUGGGUAUACUUUCAAAUACAUUUUGUACAAAAAUGCCUUGUAUAGACUUUGUGUGUGUGUUUUUUUUUUUUUUUUUUUUUAAUCCGUCUGAUUGAAAAUAAGAUGAUACUGUUCUGCAAUGGAGUGCAAGGAGAGUUGUUUGCUGGUGUGGUUAAGGGUUGAAUGUUAUUUUCUUGACCUUCUCAGAUGUCCUUUGUAGCUAGUAGGUCACUUAGAGAUUUACUAAGCUUAUGUUGUUACCCUCUGUUGUGCCAUGUGUUUGGGGACGUAACAGCUGCUCAUCCGGACAUAAAACUCCUCCUGAACCCAUAUUGGAAAGCCACUUCACACUCACUUCAUACAGUCCCUGUGGCCGUCUUGCAGGGCAUUCAUAACAAUGCAUAAUUUUCCACACACUGUCUGAUUAAAGUAUGAUUUAACUGUA